AUGCGCUGGGGACUUUCUCAUGCCGGCCGGAUUUGGUGUCCUACAACGCGGGCGUCAGCGCUAUGGCUCGGAGCGGUGCUUGGAUCCUUUCGUUCGAGUGACUUGGACCGUGCACCGCAGGACGGGUUGGAGGCGGACGAAAUCACCUGGAGUGCGACCAUCACCUCUGCGGAGAAGGGUCACCAAUGGUCCUUGGCGUUCCUCCUGCUUGCAGAGCUGCUCAUGAAGUCCUUCCAGCUCAGUUUGAUCGCCUGUGACGCCACCAUCUCGGCUUGCGAGAAGUGUGGACAGUGGGAAGAGGCCCUUGCGGUCCUAGAACUCAUGUCCCAAUGGCGGCUGAGCCCCUCCGACAUCACCUACAACGCUGCCAUCGGUGCCUGUGAGAAGGGCCAGCUCCGUGUUCGCGCCAGCGGCUUGGUGCGGCGCCAGCUGGCGGCGGUGGAAGACUCGGCGUGCCGGGUGCUGAAGACCGGGGAAUUGGAGAAGAAAAAGGGACGUUCUUCGAAGAGGAUGGGCCUUGACCACUCUCCUCCUGGAUGA